UAAAUCGAACCUGUCUCCCUCAAAUUCUCCCUCCCCGGAUCUGUCUUCCUUCUGUCUAAAUUAUUAUUUUCCCUUCAUUCUCUCGCAGAUCUUUCCCCAGAAAGUCUUCUGUUUGGCUCUCCGGAAAAUUUCAAAGUCGAGAUUCAUGCGUUUGUCGCCUGAUCCGCGGGGGACGAGUUCUAUCGAUACGCUGGUUCAGGCUGUGAUCCGCUCCUCCCUUUCCUGUCAAAGGUUUUUCCGGUAGAUUCUUUUUAAUCCGUACCCGUUUCUGGAAUCGUGAAUACAAUGGCUGGGUUUGGAUCGAAAUGGCGAGUUAUGAGAUCGGUAGUCGUGAUCGCGGUCAAUUUCGCUCUAGCUUUUGCCUUUGUCUCUGCUGAGAGGAACUUGAGAGGAGAAGCUUCGAGUGUUGAUUCAGAAAUGCAGGGAGUUUUUCACAAUUACUUCCUUAGAGCUGUAAAUUUCCUGUGGAAAUCUGAUGGAAGAGGUUAUCAUCAUGUUUGGCCGGAGAUGGAAUUCAACUGGGAAAUCGUUGUGGGCACACUUGUUGGAUUCUUUGGGGCAGCAUUUGGUAGCGUAGGGGGUGUCGGUGGUGGCGGUAUCUUUGUGCCGAUGCUCAGCUUGAUCAUUGGAUUUGAUCCAAAGUCUGCCACAGCAAUUUCAAAAUGCAUGAUCAUGGGUGCUGCUGUGUCAACCGUAUAUUACAACAUAAGAUUGAGGCAUCCUACACUUGAUAUGCCCAUCAUCGACUAUGAUCUCGCGCUGCUGAUCCAGCCGAUGCUGAUGCUUGGAAUCAGUAUUGGGGUUGCCUUCAAUGUGAUUUUUGCUGAUUGGAUGGUCACAGUCCUACUCAUCAUUCUCUUUUUAGGCACAUCAACGAAGGCGUUUUUGAAGGGCUGCGAGACUUGGAAGAAGGAAACCAUAGAAAAGAAGGAGGCUGCUAAACGUUUGGAGUCAAGUGCAGGUGCCUCUGGUGCGGAAGUCGAAUACAGGCCUCUUCCCGCUGCUCCUGACAGCAAUCCUGGAAAGGCAAAGAAAGAAGAGGUAACCGUUCUUGAAAACGUCUGCUGGAAGGAACUCGGGCUUCUAGUUUUGGUCUGGGUUGUAUUCCUGGCACUGCAGAUAGCUAAGCAACAUACAACCACUUGUUCUGCACUAUAUUGGGUCAUCAACUUGUUACAGAUUCCUGUAUCAGUCGGUGUAUCGGCAUAUGAAGCCGUAGCUCUAUACCAGGGAAGAAGAGUAAUCGCAUCAAAGGGGGAAACAGGCACGAACUUUACCGUCGCCCAGCUUCUUCUUUACUGUACAUUUGGCGUAUUGGCCGGUAUAGUCGGUGGUUUACUUGGUUUAGGAGGAGGUUUCAUCAUGGGUCCAUUGUUCUUGGAGCUUGGGGUUCCUCCACAGGUAUCAAGUGCAACCGCUACUUUUGCAAUGACAUUCUCGUCGUCAAUGUCUGUAGUGGAAUACUAUAUUCUCAAACGUUUUCCCGUCCCUUACGCUCUCUACUUCGUGGCGGUUGCAACGGUUGCUGCUUUCGUCGGACAGCACGUCGUGAGGAGGCUGAUUGCGGUGCUGGGCCGGGCAUCGCUCAUCAUCUUCAUCCUCGCCUUCAUGAUCUUUAUCAGCGCCAUUUCGCUAGGUGGCGUCGGGAUUUCUAACAUGGUCGGCAAAAUCCAACGGCACGAGUAUAUGGGUUUCGAGAACCUUUGCAUGUACGAUAUUUAAUGUUCUCGGAAAUCGAGAACCCUUUGUCGAUUCGAUUGUAUUAUUAAUAAUUUGUUUACACAAUUGUAAGUCAUGGAUUCUUGAUUUCUUUUAACUAGAUAAUAAUACACGCCAUUCGCGUCGACUAAAUA